AUGAAGGACGCGAAGGGCGGACACCGAAUCUACGUGGGAAACAUCCCAGCGUCGAUGAGCAAGCAGGAAAUAAUCAAGACAUUUGAAGAAUUCGGGAAAAUCACAGAAAUCGACAUCAAAUAUAAUAGAAACACCAACGGAUCGAACUACGCCUUCAUAGAAUAUGAGACUUAUCGAAGUGCAGAAAAAACAAUCGAGAAAAGAAACGGACAAAAGUUGAAAGGAUAUAUGCUAAAGGUUGAACAUAGCAUUUACAAAAAAAAUAAGGAGGGAGAUCUUAUUUCUCCUGGCAAAGAAGGAAUGUCAAAAGGAUUCAUAACGAACCUUCGGUUGCCAAAGAACAGAUCACAUUACCGAGUUGUCGUGAAGAAUCUCCCCAAGAGAAAAAUCAAAUUGAACUAUGUGAAGGCCUUUCUAAUGAAGGCAGGAAAAGUUAUCUACACACAGUUAGGGGAUGAAAUUACCAUCGCAGAGUAUGACAGCAGGGAAGGGAUGUUACGGGCGAUUAACACUUUGGAUCGAACCUUGUACAAUUCUAGCAGGAAGGUCUACGUGAGGGUUAUUAAAGACCUCCCUUUUGACGACUUAUAUGUGGAUGACUCCAUCGCGCAGGUGUUCGGUUAG